AUGUCGGGUUGGGGUGGAGACUGCAGGAUAUGUCGGGUUGGGGUGGAGACUGCAGGGUAUGUCGGGUUGGAGUGGAGACUGCAGGGUAUGUCGGGUUGGGGUGGAGACUGCAGGGUAUAUAGGGUUGGGGUGGAGACUGCAGGGUAUGUCGAGUUGGGGUGGAGACUGCAGGGUAUGUCGAGUUGGGUGGAGACUGCAGGGUAUGUCGAGUUGAGGUGGAGACUUCAGGGUAUUCGGGUUGGGGUGGAGACUGCAGGGUAUGUCGGGUUGGGUGGAGACUGCAGGGUAUGUCGGGUUGGGGCUGAAGUUUCAGGGUAUAUUGUGGCUACUGCUUGGACAUCAUUGUACUUAGCGAAGCGCGAUGAAAUCCUGACACAGGAAGCUUCUCACUACUCUGGAAUUGACGUGCCACUGAAGGGAAAAGAGUGGGCUGUCAACGAUGUAAUCAUGACCUUAAAAAAUGCCGAGAUAUCAGAAGGACGUCGGACCAGUGACUUCCCUCCCGCUGUGCACUUCUUUCACGCAUUGCCUUAUAUAGAUAAAAGAGCUGCACUUCACAUUCACGAUAAUUCCAUAACCGAUAACAAUUGGUUAAUAAAGAACGCCACCUACCGGUCUCACUGUUACGUCUGUUUUACUCAUGCCCGUGGUAAUAUUUUAUUUCAUUACUAUAACAACCAGCCAACUGAUAAUAGUACGUGUGAGUGGAAGCUUGUGGAAACUGAGCGAGCUAAUUCUGGUGAUGCCGAAGCCUAUGAUCAAAUGUUGUACGAUGAAAUUAGUAUGAUAACAGACGACCCCCAUACUGCAUACCCCAACCAGCAAAUCGUGUGGGAUUAUUUCAACGAUUACUUUGCUGCUGUAGAUGGACUUGUGUACUACGCAGAUGUAUUUAAGGAUUACUUCCGUCAAGGUCUGCAAGAAUUUUAUGACGAUGGAAUACAAUUUAUGGAAGUGAGGGCGCUAUUGCAACCUAUAUACGAGUUGGAUGGUACAACAUAUAACAGUGAACAUACAUUAUUAGAAUAUGAGUCUGUCAACACUGAGUGGUUAAACGAUCAUCAACACGACUCAAUGGGCUUAAGAAUUAUAUUCACCUCUAUUAGGUCAUUCACUAAUGAAGUAAUAAACAACGUUAUUAAUUUAGCGAUGGAACUUCAUAGUAAGUACCCCCAUUUCAUGAAAGGGUUUGACCUUGUAUCUCAAGAAGAUGACGGCCAUCCCCUGGUAUAUUUUUUGGAAGAGCUGUUGAUACCGACGCAAGCAGGAAAAGAUUUGCCUUAUUACUUCCACGCAGGAGAGACAAAUUGGCAAGGCACUGAGACAGACGAGAAUCUGAUUGACGCCCUCAUGUUAAACACAUCAAGGAUUGGUCAUGGUUACGCUGCAACGAAACAUCCUGAAGUGUUAUUGGAAUUAAAACAACGCGACAUACCAUUGGAAGUUAACCCCAUAUCCAACCAAGUACUGAAACUCGUUGACGACUUACGAAACCAUCCAGCAAGUACUCUGCUAGCAGAUGGUUAUCCAAUCGUCGUUAGUUCCGAUGACCCUGCCACUUGGGGUUCUGCUCCCUUGUCACAUGACUUCUAUGAGAUGUUCAUGGGAAUUGCCAGUGCUAAGGCUGAUCUGCGAUUAUUGAAACAACUUACAACAGACUCUAUCAAAUAUAGUACUCUGUUAGAAGAGGAGAAAGCUUCGUGCAUGGAUAUGUGGUCGACUGAAUGGAACAUAUUUUUAGACAAAGUGUUAGAAAUGUACAACAUAACUGACUGGGAGCAUUAUGUUCCUGCACCAACUGAGACGACAAUUACAGAUGGUGCAGCAAAGCUGUUGUGUCUCAACAUAACACCUAUUAUUCUGGCAAUAAUAAUGGUUAACACAUAA